AUGACGCGCUUCUACAACUCCACAUUCGACCCAUGGCUCAUUGUGCUGCAGAUAGUGGUCAUGCAGAGUCUUUUCUACUGCUCAAUGGGCUUCUUCCUCUUCUUCUUCGGCUUCCUACUCGGCGUGCCCAUCUUUCUCGAACAAAUCUUCAGCGCUGGUGCGGUUGGGCUCAACGAUGCGCCUAGUGUAGUUGUGCUGCUCGCCUUCACCUUUACUUCCAUUACCUGUGCCAUCUUCCUUGUCACGGUGGUCGAGCGAGCCAAGAAGUGCCUGGACUUCGCGGCUACCAUCCACCUCUUCCACUUCCUGGGCUGCCUCGUUUACGCUGGCUUCCCAACGGCCUGGCUCUGGUGGCUGCUCAUGCUCUUCUCUCUCCUCUGCAUGACCAUGUUGGGCGAGUACCUGUGCUGGCGGCAAGAGAUGAAGGAGAUCCCGAUUCGAAGCGUAGCGCACGUACUCGAAGUGUGA